CUUGGCACUGAGCAGAGAGGAUCUUAUCUAUUACACAUCAGUCUUGUCAUCUGACAUUUGAACAUCGACAACAGGGUAUAGAAACAGAAAAGGAAAAUUUCUGCCAACUUCUGUUUUUGUACAAAAAAAUCUGUUUCAUCAUGGGAGUUCAAGGACUGUACAGUUAUGUUAUGGGAAGAAGAGAUUUUUUUCAGGAGGUGAAGGUUCAUGAUACUAAGCUCAUCAUUGAUGGAACAAAUAUUCUCUACCAUCUGGCUUUCUGGCCCACCUUGGAUCUGCAGCAUGGGGGAGAUUAUGAUGCCCUUGCUGACACAAUUCGAUUUUUUUUCAAAGCCCUUUCCAUCUGCAAAAUAAAACCUUUUGUAGUGUUAGAUGGUGGAAAGGAUUACUCAGGCAGAAAGUUGGACACUGUCAAGCAGCGAGCCCAGCAAAAGAUCAAGGAAGCACAUAACAUGUCUACUGGAACAAAGCAGGAAAUUAUGCCCCUGCUCAUCAGAGAGGUCUUCAAAGAGGUCCUCUCUAGCCUCCAGGUGCCCUUUGUUCAGUGUAUGGCUGAAGCUGACAGGGAGAUUGCCUCCCUGGCCAAUGAGUGGAGCUGCCCUGUGCUGACAUCAGACAGUGACUUUUUUAUCUUUGACCUGAAAAGGGGGUGCUUCCCUUUCAAGGAAUUCCAAUGGAAAACUGUGACUGAAUGCAGCAAGUACAUCCGAGCCCAAAGGUAUUCUGCUGACCGCUUCUGUGCACACUUCAGAAUGAAUAAAGAGCUCCUCCCUCUCUUUGCCACCAUGCGUGGGAAUGACUGGGUCCAGUCUCAGGUCAUGGCUGGAUUUUUUACUAGGAUAAAUUUUACAAGCCCUUGGCUUUCCUGGAACCAUUCACAGAUAGAUGGCCUACUCCACUGGCUGGCACGGUUCACAGGUUGGGAGGAAGCCUUGGAGGAGAUACUGAGGAUUACAGGGAGCAAAGAAAAUGAGGGAAAUAUCUGUGACCUGCUCGUUUCGGGAAUAAGAGAGUACGAGGUCUCCAUCAGCAAUGUGGCCCCUUUCUUUGAGAAGGAAGUUGCUCUGCUGAGCAACAUACCAGAAGCCAUAAAGAUUCUUCCAGAGUGGGUCCUCAUGGACCUGGCCAGAGGGGAGCUGACCGCCCUUCUUAUCGAUGCGCUGGUCCUGGGGAAAGUGAUGCUUGGUGUUCAAGUGGAGAACAAGUCGGAUCCCAGCAGCGAUGAUGUCGCCCAACCCAUACGAGAGGUUCUGUACGGCCUGCUGCUCUACGAGAGGGAAGAUCUGCAGAGACAGCAGGGAGCCAGCCAGGGGACACCGGGCCAGCACAGGUCACCAGGAGAUGAACACCGUGUGGAGGAGUUUGGUAGAGAGGGCCUGACACUGAUACCAAAACCUGUUACAGUCGUCAGGCCAAAGCAAUCACUGCAGAGCCUGAAAGAGGCACCGGGAGAGGAACGCCUCAGUUUCCUCCUGAACACCUUUGGAGUGGAGAGAUCUGUCCUUGAGGGGGUCCCACCCUGCAUGAGAUUGCCUGUGUGUGUCACCUGCUACUGGAUGUCCAACUGCAAGCCAAAACCUGAGCCGCUGCACCUGCAAGCACUGCUGCUGGGGAUGGUGUAUGGAAAACUCAUACAGGAUGAAACUGAUGCAGCAGUGAGAGAGGAGAUGGUCAGAAAGCAGAGAAGUAUGCGGAUCGACUGGGAGGAAAACGGGCCAAACCGGACAGCGACCCAACUCUACAACCAGUGGCAGUCCUGCAUGAGGAGCUGCUUCCAUCUCAACCAGCUUCUGCGCUGUCCUCUGCCCAAGCCUCUGUGUUCCCAGCUGUACAGCGGGACGCUGGUGCAUGGGGUGGUGAGGCAGCUGAGUGGAGGACAGACGCCCGAGUCCUUGCUGGAGGGACUGCCUUCACUUGAGAAUUUCUUCAGUGACCUGCAGGGGGCAGUGCUGAGUUCUGAUGUGAAGGCAGGACAAUGGGUGCUGAACAAAAAUAACAGGAAACGAAAAUGGGGUCAAGGGCAGCAGCAACGUAAAAGAGGACCUGUAAAUGAUGUGCAACUCAACAACAGGUUUUCAGUGCUAGACCCUACUAAUGAAGAUGGUGGCGCAGGAGGUAGUGCUAUGGCCUGAUUCUUCCUGUCCCCAUCAAAGCGCUACAUAAAGGCAGUCCAUUUACCAUUUAAUGUCUUGGUGCUAAGAAGUGAAAAAAUAUUAUAUAUAUUAUAUAAAUAUGUUAUAUAGAUAUUAUAUAAUAUACAUAUUAUAUAUUAUACAAACAAUAUACAAGCAAUAUCCUAACACAUUACAAAUUUUACAAUACCAAAAUUACGAAUGGCUCUAAUAGUACAAAGAACUCAUGACACAAACAAUAUAUUCUUUGUAUAUUGAGUUCCUUGUAUUAGAGCCAUUUGUAAUUUUGCUAUUGUAAUAUUUGAAUUAUUUGUUAUUUCUAUUUAACUUCUUAAUUAUCCUUAAUUCUUAAUUACUGUCCGGGAGCAACUGUAACCACAUCAUUUCCGGAGGGAUCAAUAAAAUAUUCUGAAUCUGAAUUAGCGGCGUCUGAAGAAACCAGGGCUGUAAUUUGCCUGCAUUCCUCUAUUCAGGUUUUUAACGUUUGAACUUUUUUUUUGUCUGAUAGGAUUCAGACAAUAUGCCAAGAAAUUAGUUAAUGCUACAGCAAUAAUCUAUUUUAACCAAUAUGUGAUGGUCACAUAAAAUUUUUUUGCUAUUUUUUCUGCUAUGCCCCUUACAUUCAGACGCUCUGGUCUGGCUUCCUAAUUGCAGUGAAUAAUCUGAGAAGUUCCUACCUGCACUGGGAUUUACUCCUGCCUGGCACAACACCGCCCCCUAGUAACUGACAGGAAUAUUUUCUUCCCAGUGUUAUGAAUGUUGGCCAGACCGAAUAUCGCCUUAUUUUGACACAUUCUUCAAGGGCAUUAAAACACUGAUAUUUCCUUAGAAACAGGGUUUAAAAGAACAUCUUCUGUAGUCUAACAAAAGGACAGACACCCCCCUUCCAGGAUCAUCAGUAAAAUGCUGAGUCAUUCUUAUCUGAAAAGUGAAACUUUAAUCCUAUGUUAGACCCACAAAGACACUAGAAGGGUCCAAUACAAGCCAGACUGACAAAUCCAGCAAAUCUCAUAGUGGGUUUAUCUAUUAAAGUCAUGCAAUUUGAGGUAAUUACAAAGUUUACCAAAAGAGGGCGCUAUGAUGGCAGUCUGACUUGCAGACGUUGCUGCUGCUGGUUCGCAGGUCCGGCCCACACUCUUCUCAGCUUCCUCAUUCAGUUAUCAGCUUCUCACCCCCCUCCCCCCCCCCC